AUGGAUCGAUCAGUCGAAGCUAUGCAUCGACAACGAAUUGCAACACGUUUAUUUGUUAUAUUAUUAACUGGAUCUUUACUGGUUCUUUUACUAUUUACUUCAAUAAGUAAACAGACGAAUAGUGUAACAUAUCAUCAACCAUCUUAUACCACUUAUGAACGUCUUCAAAGUGAAUAUCCGGAUACUCUCAAUUGUCUCUGCUCAGAAAUUACACAAAGCUACUCAUCAUUCGUCUCUCUUCAUCCUUUAUUUCAUCCAAUAUGUUCAAGUGUGUUUGUUACUGAUUUUUGGUUCACUCAAUUGCAAUACCAAGAUCCUAACUCUCAAGCAUUACCAAUCAAUGAUUGGCGCAUCGCAGCACUUGGCUAUUUUCAAGCUUUAGCUGCACUAUGUCAACUAGCUAAUAGUACUGUAAAUGAUGCAUUACGUCGAUUUGGUGAUCGUAGUUUUGUUAGCAGUCGUUUACUCACAAAUGCUUUAUUACAGGACGAGUUUGAUAGCACAGUAAAUGAGUUUAUUUAUAAUACAAAAACUGAAUUCGAACGUGCUCUGAACAUUAUAAAUUUAUUAAAUCAAGUUGAUCAAUAUUUUUCGGGUUCAAUCACCAAUGGUUAUCUUCGUAUAUCAAAUCUAACAAAUGAUGGACAUAUUGAGAUUAAAUUUAAGUUCAAUGGUCCAUCACCACCGUCACAGCUUGAUGAACCAUGCCUAUGUGCAUUUCGUCCAGAUUGUCAAUGGCCAAUGGUAACAUAUCAGAAUGGUACAAAAAUCAUACCAGGUUUUAUAUGUUCAAGUGUAUUUGUGACUGAUGAAUGGCGUAAUGAACUCACAGCCAAUCUCAGUAAUAUGUCUUACUAUGUGCAAAUAGGAGACUAUCGUGCUUUUAUAUCAGCUCAUCUGCAAUUCGUUUCUGGUUUAUGUCAACAGUCAAUCGUACAAGUGAAUGAUGCUGUUCGUUCAUUUAUGUCAACGUCAUUGGUUACGGGUCAACUUUUAUCUCAAACAACAUUUUAUACACGUUUAGAAAACUUGUUAAGCCGGGCUCGAACCAAUGCACCUACAAUAUUUGUUCGUGCAUUUCAAUUAGCACGUGACAUUAAUCAUGGUAAUGGAUUGAUGUCGGUCUAUGGUAGCAACUUUGAAUUUGUGACUCGAAGAAAUCCACCUGCUGUUGUAUCAACAUUGUUGAUACAGUCAAAGAUAUAUAAUGAAACGACAAAUUGUUUAUGUGCACAAGGAUCAAAAUGUUUAAAUCCAGCAAUGUUUACUUCACCAACUCAUGUCGAAAUAAAAGGUCUUCAUAUUGGUUGUUUACCUAGUGAGUCAUUAUUAACAUCAACAUUUGAAUGUUUUUAUGAUAGUAAUUGUAUUGAUCUUAUUCGAAAUCAUAUGUUUGGAAAUAAAAAUCGAACACUUGCAUUACCUCUCAAUGAUAGUAAUGUAUUUAAUUCAAACUACAAUCCAAAUACAACAAUUAAUAAUAUUGCUAGUGAACUGUUCAUCGAAGAUUGGUCUAUGAAAGCACACUACGAUCGUUAUUUCACUGAAUGUACACCAACCAAUUGUUUCUAUUCAUAUACGGAACGUGCUAAUCCAUUCUAUGUAGCAACUACAUUACUUGGCUUGUACGGUGGAUUAACAGUUGUAUUACGUUGGUGGUCACCACGUCUUGUCAAACUCGGUCGGCAAGUGCAAAUCUAUUAUAUGAGAAAACGUCGAAAUAAUAUUAUACCUGUCACAACAUGA